GGGGGAGCGAGUUGACUUCGCCUGGGCGGCCAAGCGCAGCCUCAGCCCGACGUGCGCCGAGCUGCGGUGAGACGAAGCGGGUGAAGAGAGACUGCGGGACAGCCGCGGCCCCUCGAAGCGGAAGGAGCGCUGGCCGGUUGCUGAGGGCACCUUCGAAAUUGCCUAAAUCUUUGUAGAGAACAUGGCUGCAAGUAGUUGAACUGAAACUCACUACUACCUUCUUCCUGGAGUGCUGUCCUGUUGUGUGUCAUUGUUGUAGUCAGCAAACUAAAUCAUGCCAGCUUUAUCAACUGGAUCUGGAGGUGACACAGGUUUGUAUGAGCUGCUGGCUUCAUUGCCAGCCCAGCUGCAGCCACAUGUGGACAGCCAGGAAGACCUGACCUUCCUCUGGGAUAUGUUUGGUGAAAAAAGCCUUCAUUCGCUGGUAAAGAUUCAUGAGAAGUUGCAUUAUUAUGAAAAACAGAGCCCUGUGCCCAUGUUGCAUGGCGCAUUAGCUUUGGCGGAUGACCUGGCUGAGGAGCUGCAGAGCAAACCACUGAACAGUGAGAUCAGAGAAUUGUUGAAACUACUGUCAAAACCCAAUCUCAAGGCAUUGCUUUCUGUGCAUGACACUGUUGCUCAAAAAAACUAUGAUCCAGUAUUGCCUCCCAUGCCUGAUGAUAUUGAUGAUGAUGAAGACUCUGUGAAAAUAAUCAGACUUGUAAAAAAUAGAGAACCACUGGGGGCUACUAUUAAAAGGGACGAACAUACUGGAGCUGUUAUUGUGGCUCGAAUAAUGCGUGGAGGAGCUGCAGAUAGAAGCGGUCUCAUUCAUGUUGGUGAUGAACUUAAGGAAGUCAAUGGAAUUCCUGUAUAUGAUAAAAAACCAGAAGAAAUAAUACAAAUUCUGUCCCAGUCUCAAGGAGCCAUUACAUUUAAAAUUAUACCCAGUAUCAAAGAAGAAACCCCAUCUAAAGAAGGCAAGAUCUUCAUGAAAGCUCUGUUCGACUAUGAUCCCAGUGAGGAUAAAGCAAUUCCCUGUAAAGAAGCUGGACUUCCUUUCAGAAAAGGUGAUAUUCUUCAGAUCAUGAGCCAGGAUGAUGCAACCUGGUGGCAAGCCAAGCUUGAAGGUGAUGCCAAUCCCAGAGCAGGCUUAAUUCCUUCAAAACAUUUCCAGGAAAGGAGACUUGCAUUAAGAAGAUCAGAUGCACAGGUUCAGCCUUUGAAAAUUUCCAAUAGAAAAUCAUCUGGUUUUAGGAGGAGUUUUCGUCUAAGCAGAAAGGAUAGAAAAACUAACAAGACUAUGUAUGAAUGCAAGAAGAGUGAUCAAUAUGAUACAGCAGAUGUCCCAACCUAUGAAGAAGUAGCAAGGUAUAGACGACAGCCUAAUGAGAAAUACAGACUUCUUGUCUUGGUUGGUCCUGUGGGUGUAGGAUUGAAUGAACUGAAACGGAAAUUGUUAAUCAGCGAUACUCAGCAUUAUGGUGUUACAGUGCCACACACAACAAGAGCAAGAAGAAGCCAGGAAAGUGAUGGCGUUGAGUACAAUUUUAUUUCCAAGCACUUGUUUGAGACAGAUGUACAGAAUAACAAGUUUAUUGAAUAUGGUGAAUAUAAAAACAACUAUUAUGGCACCAGUAUAGACUCAGUCAGAUGUGUUCUGGCUAAAAAUAAAGUUUGUUUGUUGGAUGUACAGCCUCAUACGGUGAAGCAUUUAAGGACAUUAGAAUUUAAACCAUUUGUCAUAUUUAUAAAACCUCCAUCAAUUGAGCGUUUGCGAGAAACAAGAAAAAAUGCCAAGAUAAUUUCAAGCAAAGAUGAAAAAGGGGCUGCUAAACCUUUUCAAGAAGAAGACUUUCAAGAAAUGAUUAAAUCUGCACAGAUUAUGGAAAGCCAAUACAGCCAUCUUUUUGACAAAGUUAUAGUAAACGAUGAUCUUACUACAGCUUACAAUGAGUUGAAAACAACUUUUGACAAACUGGAGAGAGAUACCUUUUGGGUUCCUGUCAGUUGGGUGCAUUCAUAACACUAAACAAAUAAAAGGUUUCAUAAUAUUUUAAUAAGGUACUUAGUUGGAUCUAACUGGACAUUUUGUUGGUUGGAAGCUUUUCAAGGUUUGGCAAACUGAUGCCUUUACAAACUCGGUGCAGUGGAAUGUUGAUCUUAUUUUUCUGCAUGUAAACCUUCCUGUUUCAAAACAGGAUUUUGGAAGCAGAAGAUCACAGUGACGCCUUAUUUUUAACAGGUUGAGUUUAUUGAUUAGCAUCCUCACCUAUUGUGAUACAAACUAUUUAUGAAAUGCGGUGUAUCUCCAGUGUCUCCAACUCCUUUAAGACAAGAGUUGUUAGGAGAUCUUAUGGUCUGAGAUCAGUGUUGAAAUGGCUACAAAUUUUGUUAUUACUAGGUCUGGUCGAGGGUUAACAACUGAAA